AUGUCCCGCUUCCUUCCUCCGGUAAACCGCGCGAUGCGCGUCCUCGACCGCUCGUUCUUCCGCAAGACGAUCCCGAUGGCGGCCGCGCACGUGCACAAUCCGCGCGAUAUCUCGCGCGUGCAGAAGGAGUGCGCUUCCGACCUGCUGCGUCUGAAAAGAGUCCCGCCCGUCCAGGAGGAUCCAGAGGUCAAGGGAAGGAAGUUGAUUCUGCUGUGGCCUGAGGUGCGGUGUGAUGACCCUUCGACUGGAAGUGAAGCCCUGCGUAGACUCGUAAGCAGUAAUGUCAUGGAGCUCGUGCCGUUCACACUGCACAUGGACUACACGCACUGGAACUAUGAGGAAAUCAUCUCUGCGGUGCUGCCAGACGACAUAGUCGACGACGCACCCGGCUCGUUCUCACAAGCGGGCCACCUGGCGCACCUGAACCUCCGCCCCGCCUACCUCCCCUACAAGUCGCUGAUCGCGCAAGUAAUCCUCGACAAGAACACGCAGAUCCGCACGGUCGUCAACAAGCUCGAAGACGUCGGCGCACACUCGGUCUUCCGCACCUUUCCCAUGGAGAUCCUGGCGGGGCCCGCCGACACGACAGUCGAGGUCAAGGAGUCGGCUUGCACCUUCGUCUUCGACUUCGCCAAGGUGUACUGGAACACGCGGCUGGGGCACGAACACGAGCGGGUGGUCGCCAAGUUCCAGCCCGGCGAGGCGGUGUGCGACGUCAUGGCCGGCGUGGGCCCCUUCGCCGUUCCCGCGGGGAAGAAAGACGUCUUUGUGUGGGCCAACGACCUGAACCCGGCGUCGCACGAGGCGCUCGAAGCCAACAUCAAGCGCAACAAAGUCGGCGCCUUCGUGCGCGCGCACAACACCGACGGCCGCGAGUUCAUCCGCGCAGCGAUCCAAGAGCUGUACGCCGUGCACUGCAACCCCGAAGCGAACCCUGUCUCCGUCCCCGCCCACCCGGUGAAAUACAGCCGCAGCAAAGCGGCCGCCGGAAUCCCGCAGGUGACAAAGCCCGCAGACCGCAAGAUUGCCGUGCCGCCGACGUUCGCCCACUUCGUCAUGAACCUGCCCGCGAACGCGGUCGAGUUCCUGGAUGCGUUCAGAGGCGCGUAUGCCGGGCUGGAACACAUCUUUGGGAAGGACGGCGUACAGCUGCCCAUGAUCCAUGUGCACACGUUCCAUCGCGAGACUCAGGAGCGCGGGCCGGAGUUUGCGCGCGAGGAUCUACUACAGGUCAUUGCGGAGCAUCUCGGCUCCCGGGUGAAGAGUGACGACCUCGAGCUCCAUGAUGUGCGCAGGGUUGCACCGAAUAAGUCGAUGUACUGUGCGAGCUUUAGGCUGCCGGCUGAGGCGGCAUUUGCGGAGCUGGAGACGCCAAGGGAUGUGAAAAAGUUGAAGAUGGAUAAUUAG